CCACUUCCUCAUGACGAUGUACUCACGCGUUUGCUUUUCUAGUAUGCUGUCCCGAGCCAUUCGCAGCCAUGGGUAUCCUGGGCCUUUUUGUCACGACGUGUGUAGCGACGCUUAUAUCGAGGGCUACGGCGCUUCUAGCGUUUCCUGGAGCUGAAGGGUUUGGUCGAAAUGCCGUCGGUGGUAGGACAGGUUCAGUCUACCAUGUAACGAACCUCGACGACUCAGGAACGGGGUCGUUUCGUGACGCCGUGUCAAAGGCGAACCGUAUAAUCGUCUUCGACGUGGGAGGAACUAUCAAUAUUGACACGAGGAUUGCUGUCUCCAAGAAUAUUUACAUCGCAGGACAGACGGCUCCGGGUGAUGGAAUCACGGUCUAUGGCAAUGGGAUGUCGUUCUCUAACGCCAACGACGCCAUCGUGCGCUAUAUCCGAUUUCGCAUGGGCAAGGGUGGUGACUCGGGUAAAGAUGGUAUUACCAUUGCCGACGGCAGCAACAUGAUAUUCGACCAUGUCUCGGCGGCCUGGGGCCGAGACGAAACAUUCUCUAUCAACGGCGCCGUACACAACGUGACCAUACAGAAUACGAUUAUCGCUCAAGGCCUAGAAACGCAUUCAUGCGGUGGACUGAUGCAGUCGGAUUACGGUAUUAGUCUCUUCAGGAACCUGUAUAUCGACAACAAGACGAGAAACCCCAAGGUCAAGGGCAUGAACGACUUCCAGAACAAUGUCAUUUACAACUGGGGUGGAGGCGGCGGCUACAUCGCCGGCGACAGUGCCGGGCAAAGCUACGCCAACAUCGUCAACAACUACUUCAUCUCCGGGCCCAGCACAAGCGUAACCGCUUUCACGCGGGGAAACGCCAACUUCCAUGGCUAUGUUUCCGAGAACUACUACGACAGCAACAAAGACGGCACCCUCAACGGGUCUCCCCUGUGCGUCGAGACAAGCUGCUACAGCGACAUGGCCAUCGAACAGACGCGCUUCGACUACCCGGGCCCCGAGCGUCUGAUGAAGGCUCCCGACGCAGUGCCCUACGUCCUCAGCAACGUCGGCGCCAACUUCCCGGCGCGCGACGACGUGGAUGAGGGGCUGGUGGCGGAAGUGAAGAGCUACGGUAAGAAGGGAGAGCUGAUCAGCGACGAGAACGCGAGUUUCCUAGGCGAGUUAGGGGGCAGUAUGGCUACGAGCGCGUUAAAGGACACGGAUGGUGAUGGCAUUCCGGAUGAGUGGGAAGAUGCGCAUGGGCUUGAUCCGCAGGAUCCGAGCGAUGCGAUGGAGAUCGGCGGUUCUGGGUAUGCGAAUAUUGAGGUUUACGUCAACUCUCUUGUUCCAUCUUUGUAAGGGGUUUGGGUUGAGGGUUAUUUGGAAAUGGCACGAUGUAAACUUCACGACAAGGUUGCCUUUUCAUAGCGAAUCGAGCCUGAAUUCAUUCGCGCGCAUCGGUAGAUUCAUAGGAACUAGUAUGAUAAAAUGAGUGUUGAUGUCAGAGAGCACUUGAGGUAACUUAUACGCUUCCAAGCAUGACAGAUGCCUAUUCUCUUGAAUUUGUCUUUGGGCCUUUUCUACUAAUGCCGUAUUCGUUUCAAUGUUGACUUAG